GCGCUCCCAUGGGCGCUGGGCCCCAAAGGGCAUCCGCCGGCGGGGACGCGGUUGUGUGCAAUUGCGUUCCCGUAUCCCCGCCACAGGGCGGCAAGGAGGAACACCGUUGGGUUUUAGUGGGUAUACCGGGUGGCGACACCCGGGGAGUCCCACAUAACCACGUCGUCGUCCCCGGGCGGCGUGGUAUGCGUAAUGCAUUUCCCAACGUUAAAAAAAAAAAAGGGAUCGCUACCUAUACCUCUAUAGUUCAUCUUUCUAUAUGUGAAUCACAGGAAAAAGUGGGUGCGAGUUUUCCUGAUUCUGGUCACUCCUAUAGAGAUAAUAAGUGUGAUGUGCUUCAUAGUAGCGGCAUCUAGUAACUUUUAUUAAAAGUACGGAGUAAAGCACGCUGUCAGUCAGCUGAUUGAAAUAAUAAAGUUGUAGUUCAUUCACUCACCUAGUUCACCGACACCCAACUCGUUCUCGGUCGUACAGUUCAUUCAACUCUACUGUCAUAUUGUCACCUGUCAUAUCCUAAAUCGUAGUAUUUCUCAGGAAAACUUGUUAAAAUCUGAAAUAAAUCAGAUUUUAUUACAACUUAUGGCUUAAUAGUGAAAAUAAGUAUUCAAAAUGGAUCGGGGCGAGUCCGAUCUGUACACGGUUCCGUUGACCUCGCUUACGUUUGAGGCGCAAAAUUUGCUGUCGUGUUUGUUAAAUACAACAAAAAUAUUACUCAGCGAAGGUCCCGAUAAAUUACCCAGGGAUUGGAGAGGUUUAGCCCGUCUUAUAAACAUAUCUUCAGAAAUAGCAAAUUCCUAUGAGAAUGACAAAACAUCAAAAGUUAUCAAAUACUGGAUACUCAAGAAAGAUAGCACUGCUACAGUGGGAAAGUUACUUGAAUAUGUACAGAAAAUGGAUAGAUAUGAUAUAUUUGACGAUUUAAUGGAUCUAUCGGAAAAAGGGCAACUUAUUGUUAAUCAACGUUUACGUCCACCACCGCCUUCCAAUCAGCUGGCAAACAGGGUUGACAACCAACUGAUGCCUUAUGACGAAUACUUAGAGGAGAACAUCAUCACAUUCCAUGACAAGAUCCAUGGGUAUCCGCAGUUCUACCACGCAUAUGUGAUGUAUGCAAUGAAAGAUAAGGACUUCGUGGAUGAACUGUUGACACGAAUGAGUGAACGAGGAUAUAUGCUUUGUACAGAAGAUGACCUACUACCGGACCACACAACUGUGUUUGCUCCAGUCUCACGGUUGAUCUCAUCCGAUAGAUGUCACCGGAUCAUUCUGGUCUAUUCACCAGACUUCUUAACCAGUCCUGCUAAUAAAUUCUACAUGGACUAUGCACAAGCUGUUGGCAUUGAAAUGAAGAAGCCAAAGAUAAUCCCGUGCAUGUACCGCAACUGCCAGCUGCCUCCACAGAUGACGUUCUAUAGCAAGCUGUAUUACAACGCUCCUGGCGGCAAGUCCUCGUAUGACUUCUGGGACCGCUUGGCCAUGUCGCUCGACGUCAAUGACCACCAUGCACCGCCAAGAUUAAAUGGUAUCACUUCAAGCCUCUCAAACAACUCUUACUCAGCAGUCAACAUAACAGAGCUGACCACGUCGACUCUUGCCAAUAGCAUGCAUAUGCAGCAGGCUAUGCUCGCCCUGCCCGCUCCUCCAACAAGCACAUCCAUGAACGGUUUGAAUCGUUUACCACACCACGACACACAGUCUUCUAUGAGCCUGCGUAGUACAACCAGUGACAAGAAAAAGAGUGGACAAAGUGGUCGCCUGAAAAGCUUAAAAAACAUAUUCAGUAAAAAGAAGAAGGACCCAAAACAACUGCAAUUAGCAUCAUAGACACCUCUCAAAACGUUAUGUGUCUUUGGAUUGUAAGUCGUUGGUACAGUAAAGCUUUGACCGAGAAAACUAUAUUGUAAUAACAAGUAAGUCCUUAAAAAUAUUACGGCAUAGAAUAAGGAAUAAUACUACAUAUAGAACGGCAACUCUCUCGUCACACACACAGAUGUAUGAUAACGUGAAUGUGUAGUCUUUGUAAAAAAAGGUGUUUUGUAUGAAGUGUCCAUGGUGUGAAUAGUGAUUACGGUCAGUUAUUCUUGUCUUAAGAUUAUGAGAUGCAAGAUUUAUGUAUAAGAGAAAUUCCAAUAUAUUCAAGUACAGAACAUCAGUAUAGUACUAUUGUUGUGUACUAUUUGAUUAAUUUAUGAAGAGGGCAGUUACCGAAAAUUGCAUAAUGUGUAAAUUGAUAUUGAUAUAUUAGAGUUGUACUGUGUGAGUGGACCUUUGUAUGGUUUCAUACAAUUAAAGAGUCACAAAAAGAAGCCUGUCGUUCUUAUGAAAUGUAGAUGAGGGUGUUUAUAGAAUUAUAUUUGCCGAACAAAUGAGGUGUGGUAACUGUUUAUUUUUAUAUGGACUCCUCAACAAGUUUAAGAAUUUUACAAUUGUAUUUGAACUGUCUUGGGGUAAGUUAUGUGGUCAAUGGUGCUGAUCACACUCUAAUUUUAAGUUAUACCUGUCAUUAUCUUAUCCGCCGAAAAAGAAAGGGACAGGAAACCGACAGGCGUAAAAUUUAUGGAACACGCAGCAAUUUUAGGCAGAAAUUUAAACAACCCUCUCGUAAUUUUACAUUGACCAAUAACCCGAGCACACGUCAAACGGGUUGCUUAUCAGCGAGAAGACUAUUUCUUUCGCCCGGGUUAUUCAUUCGUUCAGUCAUUCAUUUUAAAAUCAAAAAGGGUUAAAAAGGUCUCAUCAAAGCAAUUCAGAUAUAUUCGUUUGCAUUACGCACUUUUAUAAUCAAAUUGCCAUAUUGUUUUUUUAGAUGAAUUGCUUCGAUGUGGCUUUUCUACCCCCCCAGCUGUCAAUCAUCCGUCCCUGUCCUUUUCGGUGGACAGGAAAAUGGUGCUAAUUCCUGCAGACGCCAUCUAAUUUUAUUUUAAGUUAUACCUGUCAUUUUCUUAUCCGCAUAAAAUUUAUGGAAUACACGUCAAUUUUAAGCAGAAAUCUAUAACAACCGUCUAAUAAUUUUACAUCGGCCAAUAACCCGACAGAGUUAAGUAGACAGCACGUCAAAUUUACAUACCAGCGAGAUGCCUAUUUUAUUCGCCCGGGUUAUUCAUUCGUUUUAAAAUUAACUUGUUGACAAUCAUCCGUCCCUUUCCUUUUCGGCGGAUAAGAAAAUGACAGGUAUAACUUAAAAUAAAAUUAGGAGGUGUCUGCAGGAAUCGGGGCCAAUAGAGUGAUAAGAUAAUGGUAAUGUUUUUGUGACAAAGCAAAAAAAUUAUAUACAAAGAAGUAAUCUAUAGAUGUUGUUCAUACUACGUACAUAUUUAUGUAAACAAGUAUUUUUUACACAUAUACGUAAAUUAGUAUAAGGUUUACAAUUUUAAUUAUGUUUCAUCUGGUUAUUAUGUGCUAGUAAGAGCAUUUGCAUGCAUUUACUUUAUAAAAAAUAGUAUUGUUGCAUCACGCCUGUAUCCCCGAAGGGGUAGGCAGAGGUGUAUAGUAUAUACACCCACUCCUCGCCAGCUAUCUAAGACCCAUAUAAAAGAGGCGAGUCAAUACAAAAUUAUAAAACUAUUUGAUUGAUUAUAUAAACAGUAUCAAAAGUUGUUGUAAAAAAAUAUGAAAUUACGUUGUUGUGAUGUUUAACUGUUAUUGUUACCGUUCCUUCGCCAUUCUUGGCUUUAAAUAAGAAUUUAUAAUUAGUCAAUGAAUUUAUUCUAGGAUAAAUAGAUAUGAAAAAACGAAAUAAUGAGUCAUGCUCUGCGAAAUGAGUCGCAUCUUGAUUAAGAACAAUGAACACAAAGUGUCUGUGGAAUAUUGAACUAGUUGUAUAUCUGACGUCACAUUGUAAUAUAGAUUAUACCCUUUUUUAUUAACUAUAUUUUUACAUUUUAAUAAUUAAGAAAAUACCGUUUUUGACUGCUGCUUACAUUAAAAUAAAAGUAGAGGCCGGUUUUGACAGCUGUCAGGCGUUUAGAAAAUGGAAUCCGGUGUCGAUUCGGACAUCCAUCAACUUAAUUUGACAGAACUUAAAACUAGCUGCAUCUCUUUCUUGCUGGUAUUGUAAGUGAAGGGCGGCAACAAUUUAAGAGCUGUGAAACUAAAAUUAGGUUAAGCUCGUGUCCGCCCGAAUAGGCACAUUUAUGGAAAGUUUGCCUUUUUUUCUUUUAAUUUAGGGGAGCUUAUGGCUUUAUUUACAAAAUAUACAUCACAAUAACAAAUAAAGUCAAAUUACAAGCUAUCACAAAUAAAUACCUUAUAUACAUGAGGUUAGAAACCGCCAAAAUGAUAUAUCUCGAGAUUAUGACUGUAACAAUGUUGUAGUCGCAAUGAGCCAAGAUAGAAAGAUAAAUCUACACUGAAAUGCUAGAGCAAAAGAAAUAGGAAAGAGAAGGUAGAUUUUUGAAAGUGGAACAAAUUAUUUUUAAAAUGAGAAGAAUAAAUAUAGGCAGUGCCAAAGAACUGUGCAAGGGCUAAUUAAGGAUGUGACAUUUGUAAAAUGUAUCAAUGAGUGACGUAAUCAUGCUGUUUAUGUAAGAAAAUAUAAAUAGGUAUAUUCAUCAAUCGGUGCUUCCAUAUAAUUAUAGCGUUACAUAAAAAUGUAAAUAUUUAUAUUUUUGGACGAUUUUAUUACAAUUAUACAUGAGAUUAGUUUAUAAUAUAUGUUAUAGCAAUAAGUUGAAAAUCAUAUCUUCGUGUAAUCCGUAAAUAAUGUAAAUAUAUACAAAAAUGUUGUUUACUUGAA